UUGCACUGUAGACCGACCAUUGCCACAAGUGAACUGCGAUGAACAUCAGCUCUGAAUUGAAUGCAAACUUAGCGUAAUUGUUAGAUUCGUAUCUCUGUGUAAAGCUUAAGUAGUACUAGUCAGAGAUAGGCAGUAUUUCUGUUGCAUGUAUUUGACAUACAUAUUUCAAUUACAUUUGUGUAUUACAGUGGGGCAAAAAAAGUAUUUAGUCAGCCACCAAUUGUGCAAGUUCUCCCACUUAAAAAGAUGAGAGAGGCCUGUAAUUUUCAUCACAGGUACACUUCAACUAUGACAGACAAAAUGAGAGAAAAAAAAUCCCGAAAAUCACAUUGUAGGAUUUUUAAUGAAUUUAUUUGCAAAUUAUGGUGGAAAAUAAGUAUUUGGUCAAUAACAAAAGUUUUUCACAAUACUUUGUUAUAUACCCUUUGUUGGCAAUGACAGAGGUCAAACGUUUUCUGUAAGUCUUCACAAGGUUUUCACACACUGUUGCUGGUAUUUUGGCCCAUUCCUCCAUGCAGAUCUCCUCUAGAGCAGUGAUGUUUUGGGGCUGUUGCUGGCCAACACUGACUUUCAACUCCCUCCAAAGAUUUUCUAUGGGGUUGAGAUCAGGAGACUGGCUAGGCCACUCCAGGCCACUCCAAUGCUUCUUAUGAAGCCACUCCUUCGUUGCCCGGGCGGUGUGUUUGGGAUCAUUGUCAUGCUGAAAGACCCAGCCACUCUCAGGAUUUGGCCAGGGUUGUUCCGGUUUUGGUCACUAGAUGCCCCCAUUGUGCUUUUUGACCCUUUUGUUUUCCCCUUGUUCCCAGUUAUUAUUUGCACCUGUGCCUCGUUUCCCUUGAUUGUAUUUAAACCCUUAGUUCGCCUCAGUUCUUUGCUCUGUGUUUGAAUGUUAGCACCCAGCCCAGUGAUGCUGUGAACAUUUUGUUGCUCCAGUUGGAUGCUCUUGUGGUACUCUGUAUUUGGUUAUUUAUUUUUGAUUAGCUUUUGAGGCUUUUUUCUGCUGUACCUACCACAUUGUGGAUUUACCUUUUUGACUUGGAGGAUUACCUUUGUUCUCUUGGAAUUACUUUUGAUGUUGUGGAUUUUUAUUUUUGCCUGAACCUUCCUUUUACUUUAUUAAAACACUGUCUCAAGUACUGCUGUGUCUGCCUCAUCUUCUGGGUUCUGCCGACUAUUCGUGGCUCAGUUUGCUAAGUGACUCUUUCUCACACCGGAGACCCGGGUUCGUAACCGGGUCCUGACAGCCACGUUUCAUCUUCAAUGCCCUUGCUGAUGGAAGGAGGUUUUCACUCAAAAUCUCACGAUACAUGGCCCCAUUCAUUCUUUCCUUUACACGGAUCAGUCGUCCUGGUCACUUUGCAGAAAAACAGCCCCAAAGCAUGAUGUUUCCACCCCCAUGCUUCACAUUAGGUAUGGUGUUCUUUGGAUGCAACUCAGCAUUCUUUGUCCUCCAAACACGACGAGUUGAAUUUUUACCAAAAGUUAUAUUUUGGUUUCAUCUGACCAUAUGACAUUCUCCCAAUCUUCUUCUGGAUCAUCCAAAUGCUUUAGCAAACUACAGACGGGCCUGGCCAUGUACUGGCUUAAGCAGGGGGACAAGUAUGGCACUGCAGGAUUUGAGUCCCUGGCGGCGUAGUGUGUUACUGAUGGUAGGCUUUGUUACUUUGGUCCCAGCUCUCUGCAGGUCAUUCACUAGAUUCCCCCCGUGUGGUUCUGGGAUUUUUGCUCACCGCUCUUGUGAUCAUUUUGACCCCACGGGAUGAGAUCUUGCGUGGAGCCCCAGAUCGAGGGAGAUUAUCAGUGGUCUUGUAUGUCUUCCAUUUCCUAAUAAUUGCUCCCACAUUUGAUUUCUUCAAACCAAGCUGCUUACCUAUUGCAGAUUCAGUCUUCCCAGCCUGGUGCAGGUCUAUAAUUUUGUUUCUGGUGUCCUUUGACAGCUCUUUGGUCUUGGCCAUAGUGGAGUUUGGAGUGUGACUGUUUGAGGUUGUGGACAGGUGUCUUUUUUAUACUGAUAACAAGUUCAAACAGGUGCCAUUAAUACAGGUAACGAGUGGAGGACAGAGGAGCCUCUGAAAGAAGAAGUUACAGGUCUGUGAGAGCCAGAAAUCUUGCUUGUUUGUAGGUGACCAAAUACUUAUUUUCCACCAUAAUUUGCAAAUAAAUUCAUAAAAAAUCCUUCACUGUGGUUUUCUGGAGAAAAAAAUCUAAUUUUGUCUGUCAUAGUUGAAGUGUACCUAUGAUGAAAAUUACAGGCCUCUCUCAUCUUUUUAAGUUGGAGAACUUGCACAAUUGGUGGCUGACUAAAUACUUUUUUGCCCCACUGUAUAUACAUUUUUAUUUGUAACAAGAUACUUCAGAGAAUGGUAUUUUGUAUUUUCAAAAUAAUAAAAAUACUAUUUUUUCCCCAAAAAAUGUAUAGCGGUUCACAGUUUUGUGUCCCAAUAUCACCCCAAAUUUGCUGCAUUGGUAUCAGAAGUCUUAUGGUGUAAGACCAUGGGAGCUGUUGUUGGAUGAGUGGAAGAACUUGAAAGAAAGUUGAAGCACAAGUAUUCACUUUAAGUAUGAGGAUAAUGCAGUGAAUUUGGUCCUAAAGGGGAUAGUAAACUUGACUUUGAAAGGGAACAAACACACUAUGUUAUUGCCACACUGUCACUGCAUUCACUCUCAUUCAGGAAGUGGAUCCUGUGCCUCGACUUUCUUUCACACACCUUUUCACCUCCUCCAGCACAUCUGAUUACGUCACGCUCACAGUAUUUGAGGUAACGGGGCCACAAAGUCCCGAAGACAAACAUAUAAACUAUAAAGAUAAUUUGGAAAAAUCCAAAUAACUUCACAGAUCUUCAUUGUAAAGGGUUUAAACACUGUUUCUCAUGCUUGUUCAAUGACCCAUAAACAAUUAAUGAACAUGCACCUGUGGAACUUCUUAAGGACGUGGUACCGAGGUGGGAACCACAAUCAGCGGAAAUGUUCAAGAGCGCCACACAUAGAGGUUCAUAAACCUCAAACUUUCAUUAAAAUUGACAUACAAUAUACUGAAUUAAAGCUACACUCGUUGUGAAUCUAUCCACCAAGUCAGAUUUGUAAAAUGCUUUUCGGCGAAAGCAUGAGAAGCUAUUAUCUGAUACCAUGCACCCUCAAAAUACUGCAAUGUCACCUAACACGACAGAUUUUGCGUUAGCCGUCGCAAACCAAAACGCUGAAAUAAAAUAUAAAACAUUCAUUACCUUUGACGAGCUUCUUUCUUGGCACUCCUAGAUGUCCCAUAAACAUCAUUUAGGGUCUUUUUUCGAUUAAAUCGGUCCAUAUAUAGCCUAGAUAUCGAUCUAAGAAUACUGUGUGAUAAACGGAAAAAAAUAGCGUUUCAUAACGUAACGUCAUUUUUUAAAAUUCAAAAAGUCCACGAUAAACUUUCACAAAACACUUCGAAAUACUUUUGUAAUGCAACUUUAGGUAUUAGUACACGUUAAUAAGCGAUAAAAUUCAUCAGGAGGCGAUGUAAAUUCUUUAGCUGUCCGUCUCGAAAACAUGUCCGAAGAGAGCUCGACCAAAACAUCCGGUCGGAGACCGGAGGGAAUGAGUUCCCUUGAUUCGGUUCGACCAAGAAUCAAAGCUGAAUCAAAUGACAAGACUCUAGACAUUGUGUGGAAGCUGUAGGCACUGUAACCUCAGCCCUAUUUAAUUCGGUUCACUUUGAACAAUUCCUUGAAGUCGCGGACGGAUAUAUUUUUCCAUUUUCAGUGAUCAGAUUUCCCUGCACUUUUCGAUGAAACGCACGUUCUGUUAUAGUCACAGCCGUGAUUUAAACAGUUUUAGAAACGUCUGAGUGUUUUCUAUCCACACAUACUAAUCAUAUGCAUAUACUAUAUUCCUGGCAUGAAUAGCAGGGCGCUGAAAUGUUGCGCGAUUUUUAACAAAAAGCUGCGAAAAGCUGCUUGAAUUCUCAACUUCCUUAACAUUAACUUAAGACACUAACAGCUUACAGACGGUAAGCAAUUAAGGUCACAGAUAUGAAACUUAGGACACUAAAGAGGCCUUUCUACUGACUCUGAAAAACACCAGAAGAAGAUGCCCAGGGUCCCUGCUCAUCUGCGUGAACGUGCCUUAGGCAUGCUGCAAGGAGGCAUGAGGACUGCAGAUAUGGCCAGGGCAAUAAAUUACAAUGUCCGUACUGUGAGACGCUUAAGACAGCGCUACAGAGAGACAUGACGGACAGUUGAUCGUCCUCGCAGUGGCAGAUCAUGUGUAACAACACCUGCGCAGGAUCGGUACAUCCGAACAUCACACCUGCGGGACAGGUACAGGAUGGCAACAACAACUGCCGAGUUACACCAGGAACGCACAAUCUCUCCGUCGUUGCUCAGACUGUCCGCAAUGGGCUGAGAGAGGCUGGACUGAGGGCUUGUAGGCCUGUUGUAAGGCAGGUCCUCACCAAACAUCACCGGCAACAACAUCACCUAUGGGUACAAACCCACUGUCGCUGGACCAGACAGGACUGGCAAAAAGUGCUCUUCACUGACGAGUCGCGGUUUUGUCUCGGAUUAGAGUUUAUCGUCGAAGGAAUGAGGGUUACGCCGAGGCCUGUACUCUGGAGCGGGAUCGAUUUGGAGGUGCGCUGCCGUUUGCCUCCUGCGUCUGCAUUUGGGUUUCGCCUUGUGCCCUUAUAGCACUCAGAGGCCUUUUAGGGUAAGGAGACUAUAGCUUCAUCCUAUGUGAAUUGUAGAGCACAGAAACUCAUCACAGGCUUCUAUAGGAAGUGGGAGAGGAAACCCUUCUCUUUACCAACCACUAACUCAGAACACAUGUUUGAUCUGCCCUUUUCUCCUUUUUCUGAAACACUAGUAGGUCUUAUGCAAGUCUAAUGUAAUGUCUAGCUAGCUAUAUGAUUGCCUAUAAAACUGUUGUGCUCCGUGUUAUAUUUCUGGGUAUGCACGACAUGCAUCUACGUGAGCUUGCAUAGCUCAGUAUGAACAUUUUUGCAACUGCUUAUGAAUGCACUGCAGUUUUUGUGCCGAAAUACCACGUUGCGUCGUGUGUGCGGUGUUUUGUGCAUGAAAGGGAAAAAGAGGGCGAGAGAGAGCAAAGAGUGAUUUCAUAUACUGUAUAAUGUUGUAUCUGGGUCAAGCUGUAUGUGCAUUUAAUACAGACAAUAAAUCAUGGUGCUGAAAUCACUGUGCUGAACUGCUCAAAUAACCAUCCAAGUGAAUCUGGUUAAAGUGAAGUUUUUGUUUUUUUGACAGACUGCAUGACCCCGUGGCUGCUUGUCAUAUGACAUCACUCUGAGAGGAUAAAGGCAGCUGCAUGGCCUGAAGUAAAAAACCAGAUCUGCAGGAUCUCAGCCAGUUUAGUCACUUUUGUUUUAUUACCUACGCCUAGGAAAGGAGGGGGGAGUGGGAGAGAAGGAAAUUUAGAAGGAAGAAUCAAGGUGGGGUUUGAGAGUUGGAGAAUACAAUCUCAUUGGAUUAAGAGUUCGGACAAGGGUAGGAAAGAGAGAUAAAGUGAGGAAAAGAGGGAGGAGUUGGUGAGAGAGGAAGAUUGAAAGAGAAAGAACAGGAGGGAGGGAAGGGAGGGGCAGAAAUAGGCUCCGAAGAGCUUCAGUGUGUUUGUGCUCAGACAGCACAGGAAGUGGAGUGAGUGUUGGAGACGCAACCCGUUGCGUCAAAACUAUUUCACUGCCUUAUUUUUCCAUCUUCAUUCUCUGUGCGUUAUUUUGUUUUUUGCUGAGCGUGCGUGAAAACUCCUUGUCGACACCAUGGAUAACUUCCAGACCGUCCUGCGCUUUUUCAUGAACCAGAAGGCCACCAUUGGCUACAGCUUCAUGGCCCUCCUGACCAUCGGGGGAGAGCGGAUCUUCUCCAUGGUCUCCUUCCAGUGCCCCUGCAACCACGACCAGAACUUUGCAUACGGCCUGACCUUCCUGUUGGGCCCAGGCCUGGUGCUUCUGGUGCUGGGUCUUUUCUUCAGCAGCAGGCUGUGGCGCCUCUACACUGGCUGUUGCCUCAACCCCGUUAAGCUCUGCCCCGGUGGCAACUGUUUCACCUGCCUCAAGGUGUUUGUCAAAAUCUUCUUCGGUGCCUGUGUGGCCCCUAUCAUGUGGCUGUGUGUGGCACUGUUGAACGGGACCUUCUACGAGUGUGCUGUCAGUGGGCUGGAUAAUAACCUGGUGCUGGAUAUGUUCUGUAAGAACAGGACUUUGAUGUGCCGGGAGGAGCUGGCCCGUGUGCCCUGCAGCAAGUCCAAGCUGCCCAGUGACUUGAACAUGGAACUGUUGCUUAUGUUCCGGGCUCAGUCACAGAUACUGGGCUGGUGUAUCAUCAUCAUUUCAGCCGUUCUAGGGCUCCUCGGGACCUGCUACACCAACUGCCGCUCGAAGGUGAGCUACCUGCAGCUCACCUUCUGGAAGCACUACGUAGAAAAGGAGAAGGAGCAGUUCGACACAUUCUCUAUGGAGUACGCAUCCAAGCUGGCCGAGAGGAACCUGAAGAGCUUUUUUGAGAACCGUGAACCGGAAAUAUUCCCUUUCCCCAACCACAAGGCCUGGGAGGAGAUCUCAGGCCUCUACACCUUCUCCAAGAGUGAGCAGUACUACAGCACCCUGCAGAGGUAUGUGGAGCGUGAUGACCAGAGACUACUGCCCUGACAAAAGACCAGUCAUGGAGCUGGACCACGGCACAGAGAUGAGCUGAGAGAGCGGUGGAUAAUGGCAUAUAAAUGCAUAUCCAUAUUUCACGAACACUAGAUUGGGACAUUGUUUGACACUUUUUCUAUUGACAGUGUAUGAAUGAUAGUAUAUCCUAUUUGUUUUACCUUUUAUAAAUGACAUGCAGUAUAUACUAUAGGUUUAACUCACAGACUGAGGAGAGGUGUUGUUUCCUGCAUUUCCCCCAAAGCACUGACAUCUACACAGAACACCAUUCAGAAGGUUACUACCAGUGACACGGCAGUUAUUACCAAAGAAUGCAGCCAUUGCAGAAGUGGUGAAACAGCAGGGCUUCUUGUCUGAUGAUUUGAAAAAGUCUCCUCUGCCUCUCUUUGACAUGCCUUUGAGGCAUUUCAUUCACUUUACUGGUCGAUAAUGGUAGGAGAGAUAUUGUAGUUGUAUAGUUUUAAUAUGGAAUUUUGAAUGUAAUAUUGCACCACGAUAGAGUUGUAAACAUGCAAUUUGCUUGAAAUGUUUACACAACUCAAUGCUUAUAGAAUUGUGUCAACUUGAGCACAACCUUAAAGUGUCUUCCUAUGACGGUACAAGUGAAGCAGCUCACUUUAUGUUGCAUGGUAAUUUGAUAACUAGUCUUGUCCAAGCAAUACGUUUUGGUCUGCCAUUACUGCCUUCCUGUUCAGCUAUUAAUGUCAAUAGUAGUCAGUAACUCACAAAUGAAGAGGUAAUAAAUCAUGUAUGACAUCUUCUACAAAAUAUUUAGUGGCCCCUGUUUUGUGGCCCCUCCUCUCCUUUCUAACAUCUGUAAAACCAUGUAAUGUGUAAGCGCUAAAUUAACCUGUACAUAGAACCUUAUUUGUACAUGUUGCAUUAUGCCUGAUUAAACCAUUUCAGGGUGGUGAGUUUGUGUGUAAAACCUGUCCACGUUCCACCGUGUUUGACUAAGGGGAGAAUGCAGCCAUGUCGGUGUAGUUGCAGUGCCUUCAGAAAGUAUACAUACCCCUUGACUUGUUCCACGUGUUGUUGUGUUAAAACCUGAAUAAAACAUUUGUUAAACAGA